AUAAGCCAGGAGAUACUACCACAACGCAUAGACUAGCAGAGCGAACCAGCCGAACCCCAAUAUAUCCACAUGGUCUAGAUGACGCGCGCGAAUAGUUACUUGAUAAGAUAAGAGCCACAACAAAGAACGGACCAGAAAGGAAACGGAAUUUGUCAAUGAACAAACCCCCCGAUAAUGCCCAUCAAUGACGGCCAAACAAUCUCCAAGCCAUGGACUUUCCACCGUGCAUCCUUUCCCCGAGCGAAACGUCCAUCCCUCCCGCUUCCCACUCCUCCUAACUCUCGUGGUUUGGUUUCCCUCGGCCUCCACUCGCCCGAUGGCGAAGAGUGGAGACUGGAGUACACUAGGUCUACCCCGGAUAUCGCGCGCUGCAACGCUGCGAGAUAACAACCCCGAAGAGGAGAAGAUGCGUUGCUGUUAUCCUGGUUUGUUCAAAGGUUUCCGCCCUUGCGUGGUGCAUUUCGCUCGUGCCCGUGAGGGGAAGUUGCGGUGACGCUUAAUCGGAUAUCGAUCUGGCAGUUGAUAAAUCGGGUGCCUCCCUCCUUCU